ACGUUUUCAUCAUGCGCACAGGUGAGGUCAAUUAAACAGUAAUGAGACUCCCGAACAGUUUGACCCAAGGCGGCAUAACAUAACACAGACAAAAGUUACUGUUGCUUGUUAUCUUUAAAAGGGAAUACAAAUAUCUCCAAAAUACACCAUGAGUGAUUCAGAGAACCAGCAAGUGGCUGAAGAAGUAGAAGAAGGAGAGUCCCAGCAGAAGCUUCAGUGGCCUGAAAAUGGAGAUGACUGGAGCGAAGACGACGUCGAAAGCAAUAUGGACUGCGGGCUUUUGCAGGCAAUGGCGGAGGAGGAUGAGGAGAUCAAUGUCUACAAUGAGGAGACCUUUGGAAUGGACGUAGACUCACAGCUGAUCCCAGAUGACCCUACCUACACCCUCCUCCAGUUUGCUGAGCCUCGGCCACCGACGCCGGUACCACCGCCAGACCCGAAACCUGUGUCCCCCGCAACCUCCGUCCAUGAGACCUCCACCCCCUUCACAACUCGCCCUCCCCUCCCAGAGCGGUGCCCCAGUUUGUGCCUCGGGCAGCGAGGCAGGGGUAGAGGGUAUAGGAGAGGGAUGGGAAGGGGUCCCAUAUUUGAAGAUCCUGCCGUGAUGAGGAUAGUGCAGGGACGGCCGAGCCUUAAGAGUCUUGAUAGCGCUAUAGUGGACUGUGGCAACGUUAUGUACCACCAUGCCUUUAACGAGAACUGGAUGGAACCAUCUUAUAGAAAGACACGCAGACUCUCCGGUUCAAUACUUCAGGACAGCGCAAUAAUAUGCGUAAUUGAGGGUCAUAGAGGCAGAGGACAGCACCUGACCUCCAACCUCCUGGAUCCUGCAUCUUCCUUCAGGGGUAGGAGAGAGGUCGAACCAAGGGGUCCCUACUCGAGGCGUCAAUUUGGCCCAAGAGACAUGUCACAGAUGCACGCACCCAUGGUACCCGGACCCCCCUUCUCACGCCAGCCAUUAACCCAGAGACGGCACUACAAUCAGACAGGUGGAUUUAUGUAUCCCACAAACCGUCCCUCCACACCGCGGUCCUUCACUCCUAAAAUGAUGCAACUCCGCUUCGGGGCCAAUUCGCCAAGGCCGUCCCCCUUCUACAGCCCCUCAACCAAUCCGAUGCAGCAAUUCAGAUACCCUGGUCCAGUCACCCAGCUCCACCCACAACAUAAACGCUUGCUUAGCCAAAAACAGCAUAUCUUCCAGAGAAAAAUACAUGGCUGGGAUCCUUACUGUAAUCUGAUGACUGCCAAAGAGAAGGAGUGGAUCAUUCGGCUGCAGAUGAUCCAGCUGCAAAGUGAGAAUCCAUACCUUGAGGAUUACUACUAUCAGGAGUAUUACCGGCGAGUUGAAGCAAAGCUGGCUGAGGAGGAGCUGGGCAUCAGGAGCAAGAGGGAGCCACCCAAGCUGACAACUCCUUACAUAAAACAGACAGACGCAUACACGCCAGUGGUGCACAUCGAAGGUUCCCUGGGUCAAGUUGCUGUGUCCACGUGUUACUCUCCUCGCCGUGCCAUUGGUGCUGUUCAUGCUGUCCAAGCUCAGGGUCCACUCGAGGAUCAAAAAGACACGAGACGGCAGCGGUUAGAGGUCCUUAGCAAGAUUGAAAAGCUAUUCAUAGUUCUCUUGGAGAUCGAGGAGACAAACCGAAUGAAAAUGACGGUCUUGUCUGAGGCUGAAGAGAGGUUGUUGAUGGAGAAGACCCAGAGGAAGGUGGAGCACAUCUUCUCCCAAAUGCAGCACCAUGACGCUUUAGAUUCAGGAGGGGAGUUUCUUCCAUUCCUGGUUGUCUCAAAGGGGAAAAAGCUUCUUGCCCGUCUCAUGCCGUUCCUGAAGCAGGACUCUGCCAUAAACAUCUUGACGAUCGUGACCUCCAACCUUCCGACGCUGAUGAGCAGAGACACUGAAGAGACUCUUCCAGAGCUCUACCCGCCCCUUCGGAAUGUGAUUGGCGGCUUGACCUUCAGUCAGCUAAUUGGCAUCCUCAGAGUUCUGACAUCUGACCCGUCCGACAACGACUGCCUCUCACUAGCAUGCCAGAACAAGUUUGGCCUGUCUUUGCUUUACGCUUUGCUGUCCCAUGGAGAGAAGUUGCUGUCUUCCGGUGUCCCACUGGAGCCCAGCAUCGGCGACUUUGAGAUGUGGACUGACACAAUAUUCCAGGUGGCACGACAGCUUUCCCAGUGUUCCCUGGUGGAGCCUCUCCUCCUACCCUCCAACCUGCUGACUCUCUUCUGCCGCUACCUGGACAAGCGCACGGUGCAUCAACUGAAAAGCAAUAUGGAGUCUGCAACAGGAUGUCUGGCGCUUCCAUCCUGAGAUGGAUGGAACCCCAAAAAGACCCCCUCUCACCCCCACCCACGCCAAGUGGCACUGGCGCAAAAGAAGCAGAGGUGAAACUUGGACUUGGAUCAUUUGUGUAUUUUGAUUCUAUUCUUAUUCCUUAGCCCCCUUCUGCCUCACAUUUGUGCACACCCAGAAACUGUUUCCCUGUUUUUUUUGUUUUAUUUUUUAUUUCCUCUGGUCUCAAGCGGGUUCAAAUGAGUGUUAUUUACGCUGAAGUCUGUUUUCUGUCUAAUGUAUUUCCAAUCAAAUUGUGUUGGAUCAGGCUGAGUAUUGUAUAGUAAUUAUAAUUGUACAGUCAAACCGAUAUGUUAAUAGUAAUCACUAAGGUUUGUCGCGGCAUGGCCCCAUGCACAUUAACCAUGCAGUUUUGGUUUUGUUUUUUUUUGUUGUAGUGUAAAAAAAAAAAGGCAUGACUUAAGUAUUUGAUGUCUUUUUAUUUAUUAAUUUGGAAACAGCAAUCAUUUAAAUCACACCCUUGUAGAGCACUUGCAAUAUAAAUAAAA